GAUUAAUCAGGAGGAUCCUUUGCCAGAGGGUUGGGAAAUGAGGUACACAGCCGAAGGCGUCCGGUACUUUGUGGAUCACAAUACCAGAACUACAACAUUCCAGGACCCACGGGGAGGACCUCAGAAAGGUCCCAAAGGUGCAUAUGGGGUGCCUAUACAGUAUGAGAGAAGUUUCCGGUGGAAGCUGGGCCAGUUCCGAUACCUGUGCCACUCCAAUGCACUUCCAGGUCAUGUUAAGAUUACAGUUGCCAGGGACAACUUGUUUGAAGAUUCUUUCGCUCAGAUUAUGAGACUGCAACCUUUUGACUUAAGAAGACGACUUUAUAUCAUUUUCAAAGGGGAAGAGGGGCUUGAUUACGGUGGUUUAGCCAGGGAGUGGUUCUUCCAUGUGUCCCAUGACGUUCUCAACCCCAUGUAUUGCCUGUUUGAGUACGCCAGCAACAACAACUACAGUCUACAGAUCAACCCAGCCUCCAGUAUCAACCCCGACCACCUCCAGUACUUCAGGUUCAUUGGCAGAUUUAUUGCAAUGGCGCUCUACCAUGGCAAGUUCAUCGACAGUGGUUUUACAUUACCCUUCUAUAAGCGGAUGCUAAACAAGAAGCUGACUGUCAAAGACUUGGAGACAAUUGAUGCAGAAUUUUACCAGUCUCUGCUGUGGAUCAAAGAGAAUAAAAUCGACGACUGUGGGCUGGAGCUGUUUUUCUGUGCAGACUUUGAGAUUCUGGGGAAGAUCGAGCAACACGACUUGAAGCCCGGCGGCAGCGAGAUUAAGGUGAUGGAGGAGAACAAAGAGGAGUACUUAAAUCUAAUGACAAAUUGGCGUUUUACUCGUGGUGUUGAGGAGCAAACCAAGGCUUUCCUGGAAGGCUUCAAUGAAGUGGUGCCCUUACAGUGGCUGCAGUACUUUGACGAGAGAGAACUGGAGCUGAUGCUGUGUGGUAUGCAAGAAAUUGAUGUCGAUGACUGGGAGAGAAACACCAUCUACCGGCACUAUCAGCGCAACAGCAAGCAAGUGGUGUGGUUCUGGAAGAUGGUGAAAGAGAUUGACAAUGAGAAGCGGACACGACUCUUACAGUUUGUUACUGGGACAUGUCGGUUGCCUGUUGGAGGCUUUGCUGAGCUUAUGGGAAGCAAUGGACCUCAGAGAUUUUGUAUAGAAAAAGUCGGCAAGGAAACAUGGCUGCCACGAUCUCAUACCUGUUUCAACAGGCUCGACCUCCCACCCUAUCGUAGCUACGACCAGUUGGUGGAGAAGCUGAACUACGCCAUUGAAGAAACCGAGGGAUUUGGCCAGGAGUAG